CCCGCCGGCCCCCCCUUCACGCUCCCGGGGUCCAAGAUGGAGAAAAACGUCGACAGCGAGAUCAUUGAGCACCACGUCGAGGAGGUGGAGGUGCAGGAGGAGAGGAGGAAGGGCGCGAGGAGCCACGCCGCCUCCUGCUCCUCGUUCCCGGGCAGCGUGACUCCGUCCGACCGGGAGGACCACAGCGGCACGCAGUCCUCCCACCGACUGCUGGCCUACAGCGACGCGCUCAUCUCCAUCAUCGCCACCGUCAUGAUAUUACCCGUCGCCCACACGAAGAUGAAGGACAACGAGGAGUUGAGUGUGCAGCUCCUACUCACGACAAAGAUAGCCGUUUACCUCAUGACGUUCCUGAUCGUGACCGUUGCAUGGGCCGCUCACAUCAGGUUAUUUCAAGUUAUUGUGCGUAUAGACGACUGCCUUGCGCUGCUGAACCUCGCCUGUAUGAUGCUCAUCACUUUUCUCCCGUACACCUUCUCUCUGAUGGCGGCGUUCCCUGAGAACAUCCUCGGGCUGCUGCUCUUCUGCGGCUGCGUGAUGGUGAUGGGUGUCAUCCAGUCGGGCAUCGUGCUGUACGCCUUCAGCCGGCCCUUCCUGCUCAACGAGCAGAUCCAGAUGUCGGAGAACCAGACGUUCUACAAGCGCCACAUCCUCAAGGUCAUCAUGCGGGUUCCCCUCAUGUGCUUCUUCGCCAGCAUCUUCUCCUUCAUCUUCUUCCAGCUGUCGUACGUGCUGCUGGCGGUCGUUAUCUUCCUGCCGUACAUCUCCCAGUCCAUGAAGUGGUGUCGCAACAAAGCCAUCGGUCCGGUGGAGCAGAGUCCAGACUCCAUGUUGUUUGACACCUACCUGCCCGACGAGCCGCUCAGCAAGGACCGCGUGGAGGCGUUCAGCGACGGCGUUUACGCCAUCGUGGCGACGCUCCUCAUCCUGGACAUCUGCGAGGACAACGUCCCCGACCCGGCCGUGGUGCAGAAGGAGUUCGGCGGCAGCCUGGUGGCGGCGCUGCGGUCCUACGGCCCGGAGUACCUCGCCUACUUCGGCUCCUUCGCCACCGUCGGCCUCCUGUGGUUCACGCACCACUCGCUCUUCCUCCACGUCACCAGGACGACGCGCCUCAUGGGCCUCAUGAACUCCUUCUCGCUGGCGUUCGUGGGCGGCCUGCCGCUCGCCUACCAGCUGACGCACGAGUUCCCGCCCGACUCCCGCAACGAGCUGGAGGCCAUCCGCAUCAGCUGCGUCAUCAUCUUCUUCGCCGGCGUCUUCCAGCUCGCCAUCUGGGUGGCGGCGCUGCACGGCGAGCGGGAGACGCUGCACCCGUACGUGCGCUACGGCGGCCGCGAGCACGCGUUCAUGUUCGCCAAGCUGUCGCUGUACCCGUGCGUCGCCCUCGGGACGUUCUUCCUGACGUGCGUCCUGAGUCGCUUCAGCGCGCCGAUUUUCCACCUGAUGGAGAUCACGGUGCCGUUCGCCUUCCUGGCGCUGAGGCUGCUGGUCCGCGUCACGCUGGCGUCGCUCCGGCUAAUGUUCUGGCCCAACCGGCCCGGCGCCGCGGAGGAGGCCGACGACGAGGAGGAGGCGAGAGUGCCGUUCAGCACUCUGGUCUCGUAGCUCGCUGCGGCGGUGGGAGUAGCGGCGGCGGGAGUAGCGGCGGG